CCAUUCUUUCUGGGAAGAACCAGGGCGGUGCCAACAAUGGACUAGCCUUUUGACGGCCGCUGCAUUUUCCUGGCCAGCGACCCAGCAAUCGCAUCGAUCGAUCACGGCGUCCCGAGAAACACCGCACUUCACACGCUCGCUCCUUUCCCCAAGUCGUCCCCUAUGGUUCCCGCCGACAGCAUUCUCCAUUUGUCAAGUUCUCCGACCUAGUCGCCCAGCAGCAUCGCCUCUUGGCUAAGACCCAGGCAUCCUCUUCACGACCACAGGCGAUCGGGCGCUUCUUCCUAAUUGGCCGCGUCUCGACGGCGCUGGCGCGUUCUCAACAACCUCCCCUUCUACGAUUGCGUCGGUGGGCAUUCGGGCAGCCAUGUUACGCCCCGCGACACCGCUGUCGGUGCUGCUUUUCGCAGCAUUCGUCCUGCUCAUGCUUUCGGUUCUGUCGACUCCCAUCAUCAGGGUUAUCCCACUGGCCAGCUGGCAAGGAGUUGACUUUGGCGUCUUUGGGUAUUGCGACAAAAAUGGCUGCACCUCAAUUGGGAUCGGCUACGAUGUCCACGAUGUACUAGGAUCCUCAAAUUCCAACGACUUCGAUCUUCCCUCCUCGACCCGUUCCACCAUUUCAUCUCUCCUGAUUAUCCACCCGGUCGCCGCUGGCGUCACCUUGUUCAUGUUUGUGCUCGCCGUCGUCGCUCACUUCCACUCUCCGUCCCACUCGUCCAGGUACCUGCUGCUGCUCUUUAUCGUCGGCAUUCUCAAUUUCCUUGUCUGCCUCCUGAGCUUUCUCGCCGAUGUCCUGCUAUUUGUUCCGCACAUGGCCUGGGGCUCCUAUGUUGUUCUCGCCGCGACAAUCCUCGUUGCCCUCAGCGGUUUGGUCUCGUGUGCCAUGCGGAGGACAAUCGUGGGCAGGAAGGCAAGGAAGAAGCGCAUUGCUGAGAACGCCGAGAUGAGUGGGGAGAACUACUACAAGCGCCAGGCCCAGCAGACCACAGCUCCCGUCCCCGUUUCCAGCACCCUACAACCGACCCUCCCCGUGGUUAGCGGUGCCAAUGGCGGAGCCGACACACUUCCGGAAUUCGCUUCUUUUGAGAAGAAGGACGACAGGAGCAGCGACGAGAGGAUACCCCUCACUUCGAGGAGCCCAUCGGAUAGACCCCCCGGCACCUUUACCUCCGAACCAGCAGCUGCGUACGUCAAUGGCGCAAGCAGUCCAACAGAUAUGGCACCCCUGCGCUCGAUGACAAACACGCCCAAUGCCCGCGAUCAGUACGGAAAUCCGCUGCCGCCCCAGGACGGGUAUCCUGCGAGGGCGCCUUCCAUUGAGCGCAUGGGCUCACCUGGGAGAGGCGGGCUGCCCCAAGGAGGUUACAGAGGACGUGGUGGGUAUCCUGGGCCCGGCAGAGGCGGCUAUGGCGGUUAUGGUCCCCCGCCAGGAGGCCGCGGCGGAUACGGGCCGCCCGGCCGUGGAGGUUACGGACCCCCUGGAGGCAGAGGAGGUUACGGCCCCCCUCCACGUGGUUACGGAGGGCCCAUCCGAGGCGGGCGGCCACCUCCACCGCCGAGCUACCCAGGUUCCCAAGGUCCGUAUGACAGAAGGCCUUCACCUGCCGGGCCAUAUGGCCCCGGCCCUUAUGGCGCUCGCCGACCGUCGCCCGGUCCGCCAUCGGCUCCUGGCUACGUGAACCAGUCCGCCUCCAAUGUCUCAUCCGGCGGCUUCGACUCUUACAACCUAAAUCAAGACGAUCUCCCUCGGGCAGAGUCCCCUCCACCCUUGCCCGGCAUCGAUGACGGUGUACCGCCGGGGCAAGCGGUAGAAUUGGACGCGACGACCGGUAGUCCAGCACAUGCGCCUCGUGGGUUUGGACAGUUCAAUAUCCGAGACAGCGACUCCGAUGUUGCCGGCAUGCUGGAGCUGCAGCAGGCAAGAUCCUCAGCUCCAGAUCGGCACAUGAGUGAUACUAGCAGAUACAGCCAAGACGAUCUCAGGGGCUCGUAUGUGCCACCGAGGCAGGCGUGGACCCAGGGUCCAGGCAGGGGUUCCCCUCGUGUACCAUCACCGCUGAAUACUGCCGGCCGCCCUGCUGAGCUUCCGCCACAUGGGAGCCCCCCGCCUCAGCCGCCGGUAGCAGCUGCUGGUGAGUACUACGAAGACGUGGACCCCCGCUUCGCCGAGCCUCCUCCGGCCCAGAAACCGACACCAACUCCUAUCACGAUGGCUGACUCCUACGAGGAUAUCCCGCCAGGCUCCCGCAGCCCGGCAGAGUCUGAGCGUUCCACUUUCACCUCCAUCUCCCAGCGAGGAAUCAAUCCGCGUUGGAUUCCGCCUGUGCCACCGCCACCGGGUCCUAGCAGCUAUGGAGGCAACAUGAUGCCCAGGCGCCCCGUCAACCGCUCAGACCUGCUUCUUGACUCGAACCCGGAUUUUGAAUUACCCACUCGCGGCGGCCCGUCCAGGUCAGCCGGUGCCAUGGUACCCGACAGCGCCUAUCCAGCGAGGGCUCUUCAGGGUGAUUGAUUGAAGCGCCCGAAUUUUGCUGCUCAAGGGGUUGAGCUCCCUAGCUCUUUGCUGAGGGCGAAAGCUUUUGUUUUCUCAAAACUUCCAUUUCCUUCGUCACGUAUAUAGGUCCAGAUUCUCGCGAUGCUUUACACUCUCGUUCAAUUUAAGCUUAUUGUAAUC